AGCACAUCUCAGACAAUUCGAACAGUAAACGUUCAGCUUGGAGGCGUUUUUAUCGUUUCUGCUGUGAAUGUACAUGUUUUUCCAGGAGAUUCUCCUCAUCUGACCAUAAAAGACUCUGAAAACAGAACUUGUUACUCUGCUGUUCCAUCAACAACUACGAUUUACUUCGAUCGAGUGUUCAAAACAAAAUGUUUGGCAAUGUAUUUUAGUAAAGAAGUUGCCGUUAAAGAAAUAGAGGUGUUUGGUGGCAUGAAUAUUGCCCUCUGGAAAGCUGCUGAACAAUCGACAAAUCUGAAUGAAGCUUACACGUCUGAUAAAGCUGUAGACGGUUUAGGUAAUGGUGAUGAUAUGAACACAUGCUCACACACAUCUGAAAUUUCCACACCUCCAACCUGGAACGUUAGUUUGGCGAAUAAUUUCUCUGUGACUUCAAUGUACAUUGUCAAUAGAAAAGACUUCCAGACACGUAUAAAUAAAUUUACUGUGUAUGGGAAACAAGGAGAAACGAUUAAAAAUAUUUACAAUGACACAUCCAGCGACUCUAGGGAUGUCAUAUGGAUAGAUGGACGGUAUUGGAAACCAGAGCUACUAAGUGAGAUUAUCGUCGACGGUAAAAACUUAAAGGAUGGGUUGACUGAUAAUAAGAUAUUAACACUGUGUGAAGUUUUUAUAUUAGCAUGCAGGCCUUUGGAAAAUGGCAAUGAUGACUGCAGAAGUUUUUGUCCAAAAAAAUGCCAGCAAAGUGAACUUUGUCUCAAUGAAAACUUUACGUGUCCUAAAUGCAUUCCCGGAUGGAAAGGGGAUUACUGUCAGAAUGAGGUGACGUGUAAUCAGACACUGUUGAUGAAAAACGCCCUGAGUUACAAACCAAGAAAACCACGGUACUCCUUCAACGAAACCAUACACUACAGCUGUGCAGAUGGUUACCUUCUCAGAGGAUCUACAUACGCUGUCUGUGCUCAGGAUUCUUCUUUUCAAUUCCAUGAAGGAGAAUCUAUUUGUGAAGAGGUGACGUGUAAUCAGACACUGUUGAUGAAAAACGCUCUGAGCUACAAUCCAAGAAAACCACAGUAUUCCUUCAAUGAAACCAUACACUACAGCUGUGCAGAUGGUUACAUUCUCAGAGGAUCUACAAACGCUGUCUGUGCUCAGGAUUCUUCUUUUCAAUACCAUGAAGGAGAACCUUUUUGUGAAGAGUUGACUGCAGAAAUGAAAUCAAGAAUGAGUGUAAUUGUCGGCACCACAGUGGGAACAGUUCUAGUUUUUAUACUUGUAGUCAUUAUUUUAGUAAGCAUAAGAAGGUAUAAAAAGAAACCAAGCAUUUAUAGAGACAUCGAUGAAUGUCGCUCUAUGGACAAUCUAGAUCACCAGUACGCUCAAGUACAUCGGACGACUAUAAAACAAGAAAAUACGAAAACAACGGCAAAUGUCUCAGAAAAAAUGCCGUACUACAACUUCAGCAGUGGUGAAGAUAAAACUGAAACAAGCCAACAAAACACGUAUUAUGAUUUCACAUCAAAACUAAAGUCUUCAUCUACAGCAGUAAAAGUUUCUGACUUCAAGGAUUUUGUUGAUAAUAAAAGAAGAGAUAAAGAAUACUUUGAUGAACAAUUUCAAAAACUUUACUCUGGUCUCCAAUUUCCAGCAACUGUUGCUGUGACUUCAGAAAAUAGACCAAAGAACAAGUACAAAAACAUAUAUCCCUAUGAUGAAACUCGGGUCAAAUUAGAGGGAAGUGGAAGGGCAGAUUACAUAAAUGCCUCCUACAUUCAUGGAUACGUAACAGUGAGGAGUUAUAUUGCAGCACAUGGCCCACUAGUUAAUACGAUUGAUGAUUUUUGGAUGAUGGUAUGGAAUGAAAGGAGUGGAAAAAUUGUCAUGCUAACAAACCUUAUCGAGGAUGACAAGGUGAAAUGUAUUCAGUAUUGGCCAGAAGAAGAGAAAAUAAUAGCUGGAAAUCUUACAAUAGAAAUGGUGGAUAUGGAGAAUUUCUCUGACCUAACAAUAAGAACAUUUUGCCUAAAAAACGGUACAGAGAAAAGACUUGUACGCCACUUGCACUUUACUGCUUGGCCAGAUAAAGGGGUGCCACUCUAUGCUUCCUCUUUGGUUCACUUUCACUCCAAGGUGAAAAUCACCACAUCGCAGGGCAAAGGACCGAUUAUUGUACACUGCAGUGCAGGGAUAGGACGAACAGGGACCUUUAUAGCGUUAGACUACCUUAUCCAGCAGGCCAAGGAGUCCGAAUACGUGGAUGUGUUUGGAUGUGUCGAGAUUCUGAGAAGACAGCGUGUUAACACGGUACAAACUCUGGAGCAGUAUAUUUUUGUACACAACGCCCUGCUGGAAGCUUUAAUGUGCACGUCAUCUGAUCCUUCUGCAAAUGAGUUUCCUCUUCUAUAUAUAGAUUUUGUUAAAAUAGAUUCUAAAAGCGGAAAACGAAACAUUGAUUUGCAUUUCGAGAAUAUGAUGCUUGGAAUAGAGGAAAUUCCUAGCAGUGCUUACAGAUUUGCUAAAGAGAAAGAAAACCAUAUGAAGAACAGAAACAAUAACAUAUUACCAGUUGACAGUGAGAUGCCAGAACUGAGAGAUGAAGAAUUUAAGCGUGUAUACAUUAACGCCGUAUUUCUUCCGGCUUACAGAAUGAAGAGAUCUUUUAUUGUGACGCAAAUGCCUCUAAAAGAAACCGUGGAUGAUUUUUGGAGGCUUGUUUCUUGUCAUAACGUAUCCACCAUAGUGAUGCUCAACCAGACAGCGCCGUCGGAUGACAAACAGAACAUUGGGAUUUACUGGCCAGAAAGUUCGAACAGCAGACAGUUUAACCAGGUCAAUGUAUAUCAGGAGGGAUUGUCCAAAAGGGAAAAAGAUUACACAACUAUCGAUCUUCAGUAUAAAAUAAAGGACGAGGAGGAGAUAGAGAGGAGGAUAAGGAUUUUUAAAUGCAAUUUCUGGCCAGAUUCUGCCACAAUUCCGUCUUCAGUCCUCUCCUUUCUCAAAUUGGUGAAUGCUGUAGAGCUACACCAUGACAGAAACAACACAGGCCCAGUUGUUGUCCACUGUUUGGACGGCUCGGAAAAGAGUGGUCUGUUCUGUGUUUUGCAAGUUGUGCUUGAGAGACUGAAGAUAGAACAGGAUGUCGCCAUACAUCAGGUGAUUCAGCAGAUGCGCAGUGUGAGACCAAGCAUCAUACCAAAUGUGAUGCAAUUCGAAUUCUGCCAUGAUGUUGUAAUGGAGUUCUUGAAACAAUAUGACGCUUAUUCCAAUUUUCAAGGACAGUGAUUAUUUCAACUUUAAUACAUUGUACAUUUACAAUGUUUUAUAUGUGUACCGGUAUUUAGACCGUUUUCUUCAUUGUAGUCAUUAUGUAAAAUGGAUACCUAGCUAGGGUAUUUCUAGCUAAUAAUCCUUAAGAUCAUUGGAAAUUAUUGUCAUUCUUUUUUACCAAAAACUCAGCAUGCAUAAAUAUUUAUAAAUUUGAGAUCAAACUUUAAUAGCACAUACAUGUAUACACCUAGAGUAGUUUUGUUUCUGAGGAACAAUCAAUUCAAAGAGCGAGGAUUAAUCCAAGUUCGCCCUUUAUAAUUUUAGUUGAGACAUGGACCCUUUUGCUAAAUGAACGCACUUCAAUGCUAAACACAAAAUUGUACAUCUUUCUUGCAGGUCAAAGUCGAUUCUUUGUUAAAAUAUUUUUUCGUUUUGUACGGUUCCAAAAUUGUCCAUAAUUUAUGCAAUAUACACAAGAAAUAAUUGAAUGAGUUUUUGACUGAAGUGAGAAUGCAACAACUUUCUCGGCUGAUCCAAAUCCAAUAAUAAUUUAGAGGAAUGUGCUUACAAUACCUCUUGGCAAAUUUAAAUAAUUUGAUUUGAACAUAUUUUAUUACUAUGUAAUAUUAUUGAUAAUAAUAUGUUUUAUGCAUACAUAUGUAAUUUUCCAUUUCUGUGGUUAGAAUGUAGUAAUUGUAGUAUAUUUUAUGUAUAACUUAGGUUUCAAAGCUAGGAUGUUAUGUAAAGCAUAGUCUCAAGUUUUGGGGCUUUGCGUUGAUUUGUCGUUAGCUAACGUCAGAGACAUCACGUGAUAGUUAUCGCUGGUGGAUGCUGCAAGUGUUUGUACACACCAUUUUUUGUAAGAAAUGACACAUUUACAACAAUACUCAUUCUUGGUUUUCAUUCAAUCUGAAAAAUAACAGAGCUGCGGGAAACUUGGUUUUAAAUUUGCACUAUUAUCAUAUGGAAGGCAUAAAGUAUA